GGAUCAUAUUUGCAGAAUAAUAUUUAUUUUUUUAAUUAAUUAAAUGAUUACUAAAAUUCCCUUCAAACAGAGUGGGACUAGCUCAAAUACGCGGGGUACGCAUAAUGAAUCUACGCAUCAUCGGCCUUGAUAAAAAGUACUCUCAGUGUCUACGAGCUCGCCGGACCCGAAACAAGCAAUGACAACGACAGAAGACGACGACGACGAGGGAUUCGGGGAAUUCACGUUCGCGCCAAUCACCGUCCAUUCAAAUCCCAAAACCAGCGGUUCCGAUCUUCAAGAUAAAAUUGAUGACGAUUGGGGCGAUUUUGUUACACCCGCUUCGUUCUCCCGCUGCGAAACGGUCCCUGUAAAAUCACUGGAUCCGAUUCAUUUGUCCGUAGAUCGCCGAGCUGAUAGCUUGAUAAAUGAUGUGGCGCAGCCUGACUUGGUCCCGAGUCGGAAUCGGGUUCAGUGGGAGAAAACCAGGGGCACGUUGCCGUUAUCGUUGUUUGGAGAGGAAGAGAAGGAAGACGAAUCAAGUGAGCCGGGUUUAUUAUUUAAUGGUGCAACCGAGUUGAAAAAAACCGAGAAGAAGGUGGGAUCGGAGUUAAAUAUGAGCGAUCUGAUUUCGAAUUUAUAUGCUGUGAGCGAGCCGAGCAAGGUGGUAAGUGGUACGGGUCAGAAUUUGGACUCAAAUGGAUUGGGUUUGAAGAGAACUGCAUCGAAUUUGGAUUCAAACGGUUCGGGUUUAAAAUUGGAAAAUUGGGAUUCUUAUGGGUUGAAAUCAGAAUCAAAGGGGUUGGAUUUGAAGAGAAGUGUGUCGAAUUUUGAAAUAAACGGGUCGAGUUUAAAAUGGGAGGAUUGGGGUUCUUAUGGGUUGAAUUUGGAUUCAAAAGGGUCGGACUUGAAGGGAAGUGUAUCGAAUUUGGGUUUGAAUGGAAUGGAUUCGAAGAUUAAUUUGGAUUCAAAUGGGUUUAAUCCAGUUUUGGACGAGGAUGAUGAUGGGUGGGAAUUCGAGGCUGCAGAGACUAAAUUACCAAAUGGAGAUUUUAAUUUUAAGAGUCAACACGAGGUGAAACCUGAAAAUGUAUCAAUGCCAAAUGUUGGACUUAAUUCAAGUUGGAAUGUGUGGGGUUCAAACUUAAAUGGGUUAAGUUCAAGCGUUAAUGGAGUAAAUAAGUAUGCAAACGGAUUUAGUUCAAGUUUAGUUGACAAAAGUGAGGAUUUUGAAGAUGAUGAUGAGUGGGAAUUUAAGGAUUCAAAACCAGAACCAUGGUCCAGCGAUAGCAAUAGUAAGGUGGAAGUUAAACAUUUCACAGAUUGGAGUAGAAUUAGUCUACUUAAAGGCUGCCCAAGAUCAGAGUCAGCCAAAGGACAGGUUUAUGACUUACCUUGUGCAGUGAAGUUACAUGAGUCAGGGAUAAAGUUUAAGGGUAUUAUUAAAGAAGAGCAGAGCUUACUUGAUAUAGAAUUCAAAAAGCGAAAACAGUUGAUCCCAUUUUUUAAAGUCCAUGAAUUGAAGAUACCACAGCUAAUUGUAGCUGACGACACUGAACUUCUACUCAGAAACAUUAUUGCUUUGGAGCAAUGUGUUAUCAGUACUAACGAGGAUGUGAAUUUGCUUGUUGGAAGUCAAAUUUAUUUCAAAUUUUAUGGGGGACAAUGCUUCAGUAACAAAUAUGUUUAACAAACUUAAUCAAAAUUUACCCGCAAGCCCAUCGUCAUACCAUCGCAUAUUCAAGCAGCUCAAAUAGCACUACAAAAAUCCUUAGAACAGAACCAAGGCAACUUUGAAAAGAGUAUAUUUCAGCAAUCUAUGGAGAGGCACAGCAACUGUCGCAGCAAUAAUACUUUUGUUUCUUACUAUUGUACAAACUAUGUGUUCUAUUUUGCAAAUUAUGUAAUCUUAAUUAAUUCUUGUAUUAGAUCCAGAAUCUACUUGUACUAUUGUAAUAUUCAGUUUCAAGUUCCUUGUUUUUAUAAGAAUAUGUGUUUGAAUA